GAAAUAGACAACAGGCGUUGAUUUGGUUCUUAUUUUGAUUCAUUUUUCAUUCUGUUUUUGUCUCGUGUUUUUGGUCAUUCAUUUUAAUUGUUGAUUAGUUGUAAUUUCUUUGGUUUAAUUGGUUGGUUAUUGAGAAUGGACGAUGAACUUGCUAUGAUUCGAGCUCGAAGACUUGAGCAACUUCAACAGCAACAUUCUGAAAGUUCAAAGAGUCCUUUAGGUGAUAAUUCUGCUGCUGCUGCUGCUGAUGCUGCUAAGAAGGAGGAGAGGAAGGAGAAGGAAGAUGAAUUUCGAAAUUCAAUGUUGACUCAAAUAUUAUCUCAAGAAGCUCGAGCUCGUCUGAAUACGAUAAAAACGGCGAAACCCGAAAAAGGGACAAUGGUGGAAGAUAUUUUGAUCAACAAUGCGAGAAUGGGAGCAAUUAGAAGUAAAUUGUCCGAAGAUGAAUUUAGAAAUAUCCUGGAAAAAGUUAGCGAAAGAUUCAAGAAAGAAACCAAAGUACAAUUCGACAGAAGAAGAGCUGCCAUUGAUUCUGAUGAUGAUGAUUAAAGUGUUUCUUUUUCAUUCAUAAUCUUUGCUAAAUUGUAAAGGAUUAAACUUUUCACAAGCUUCGCAA